AUUGCUGAUGUUUAGAUUAAUUAUACAUCGACUAUGGCUGAUCGCUGCAGUCUUGUUCGAUCUGUCCCAUCCGGUUCCCAUAUCACGUCCAACCAAACGCCUUGUGCCCGUUCCGAUCGUCACCAUGAACUUCCGAUAUGUAUCAUUUCAAUGCUGCGAGUGUAGCGAGGACCUCGGGAUUGAUUCGAGCGGCGUUGCGCUCUCGUUGCUUCUCGCCCGGCGAUCGAGUGUCGGUUGUCUUCUUCAAUUGUGUCUUGCCUUUGGAGGAGAACAUCGACUUUAGCAGAUGGGUGGAGGAGGAGGUUGUCGAGGUUGAGAUCAGCGACGCGUUGUCGGAUGCGUUGUGCAUGGCUGGCAUUAUGUUUUCCGUUUUGACCUUGUAACGAGAGAUUGGAUAUUGUGAUUCGAUCGAUCAAUCAAAUGAUGCUGU